AUGUUGAGUCGUGUAGUCUUGCCUCUGACGAGGCCAAACGUCCUCGCCUCCGCCGCUCGCGCCUCCGCCCUGUCAGCCCGAUCCUCGCCGUAUACUGCGUUCAAGCUCUCCCCGGGUAUCCAGCAACGGGCGAAAUCGACUGGGUCAGACAAUUCUAAUACCCCGAAGGAUCGCAAGGAGUUUGCUGCAGAACAGCCCGAGUUCGAGACCAAAGCCGAGCCCAAUGCCACCGAAUCCUCCAACACCCCCGAAACCGAACAGAUCCCCCAUAAGCCCCUACCCGACUUGACACAAGGUAUUCCUUCGACUCUGGCCGCCGAAUUAGAGGGUCGCAUGAAGAAGGGACCAUUGAACCUCACAGAAGAUCCUACUCAGUCAGAAGAAUACAGCGAGGAAGGCCGUGGGGGUGGUGACAUCCCCAAGGGAGGAUAUGAGACAUCCAUGGACCGCCGCAAGGCCCGCAUGGCCAACUUCAUGUACGCUGGUAUGCUCCUUGCCGGUAUCGCCGGAGUGGGCUACCUAGGCCGCAACUGGGAAACCGAAGAGGAGAACCAGGCCCACCCCGAGACUCCAUCUGGAUGGGGCUUGGGUCUCUGGUACAGCCGUAUCAAGGCUCGUAUGAGCGACCUUACCAGCUACUAUAAGGACCCGGCCUUCCCCAAGCUGCUUCCGGACGAGGACGCUGAGAUGCGCCAGCCAUACACUCUCGUUCUCAGUCUUGAGGAUCUUCUUGUUCACAGUGAAUGGAGCCGUGAGCACGGAUGGCGUGUUGCCAAGCGACCUGGUGUCGACUAUUUCCUCCGUUACCUCAACCAGUACUACGAGCUUGUUCUCUUCACCAGUGUGCCUAGCAUGAUGGCCGACCAAGUCCUCCGCAAGCUUGACCCUUACCGUAUCAUCCGCUGGCCCUUGUUCCGCGAGGCCACUCGCUACAAGGACGGAGAAUAUGUCAAGGACUUGGAAUACCUGAACCGUGACCUGUCCAAGGUCAUCCUUAUCGACACAAAGGAGGAGCACGCUCGUUUCCAACCCGAGAACGCUAUUGUUUUGGACAAGUGGACCGGUGACCCUAAGGAUAAGACGCUGGUCGCCCUCAUCCCCUUCCUUGAAUACCUCGCUGGCAUGGGUGUUGAGGAUGUGCGCACCGUGAUCAAGUCAUUCGAUGGCUCUUCCAUCCCCGUCGAGUUCGCCAAGCGCGAGAAGGCUAUGCGUGAUCGAUUCGAGAAGGAACUUGCCGAGGAGCAAAAGAAGAAGCCCUCGCGCGGCAUCGGUAACUUUGCCGCUGCUCUUGGCUUGAAGUCCUCUGCCACCCUCAACGGCGAUCAGACUCCCUCCGAGGGCUUGGCCCAAGGAAAGAUGCUUUGGGAUCAAAUCCGUGAGCGUGGCCAGAAGAACUACGAAAUGGUCGAGUCUGAGAUCCGCAUGAACGGCGAGAAGUGGCUCGCCGAGAUGGCCGCCGAAGAGGAGAAGGCCCGCCAGGAGCAGAUGCAAAGCAUGAAGGGCUCUGUCACUGGCAUGUUUGGUCUUGGUGGCUCCAAGGAGCAGUAA